CCCUCUUGUUAUUUCCUCUCCAGCUUUUUUUUGUGCUCCUUCUCCUUCAUUCACCUAUAGGGAUAACGCCGGACUACAUUUAUGGUAAAUGAAAGCAAAAACAUGUACAUCCCGGAGGACACCCUUGAGAACCAUCAAGGCUCCGACUAUUCUCCACCUCCCCCCCUGCCUCGGCCUCCUCCCCCCGGCCUGACAAAUGAGCACAGUGAUGGCGGGAGCCAUGGCGACCAUGGUGGACGAGGGGGCGGGGUCAACCACGGGGUUGGCGUGGUGGGCCUGGCUCCAGAGCACAUCGCCACGCCGGGGGCGGCCCUGAGCUGGCAGGCCGCCAUCGAUGCUGCACGGCAGGCAAAGAUGAUGGGCAAUGCCGCUUCAGGUGGAGGGGCGGGCCUUGGUUCGGGAGGGGGCGGGCCCAUCUCCACGGCCAGCUCCACUCAACGGAAGAGACAACACUACAGCUCCAAGCCUAAGAAACAGACAACGACGACAGCCACAAGGCCGCCACGGGCACUACUCUGUCUCACACUCAAGAACCCCAUUCGCAGGGCCUGCAUCAGCAUUGUAGAGUGGAAACCAUUCGAGAUCAUUAUCCUGAUGACCAUCUUCGCCAACUGUGUGGCCUUAGCCGUCUACAUCCCCUUCCCCGAGGAUGAUUCGAACGCCACCAACUCCAACCUGGAACGUGUGGAGUAUCUGUUCCUCAUCAUUUUUACAGUGGAGGCGUUCCUGAAGGUAAUAGCCUAUGGCCUGCUCUUCCACCCGAACGCCUACCUGAGGAACGGCUGGAAUCUACUCGACUUCAUCAUCGUAGUCGUAGGGUUAUUCAGCGCAAUCUUGGAGCAGGCCACAAAAGGGGACGGUGCCACUCCGAUUGGAGGGAAAGCUGCAGGCUUUGAUGUCAAGGCUCUGAGGGCAUUCAGAGUACUCAGACCCCUCAGACUGGUGUCAGGAGUACCAAGUUUACAGGUAGUGUUGAACUCCAUAAUCAAAGCCAUGGUUCCCCUGCUCCAUAUCGCCCUGCUGGUCCUCUUCGUCAUCAUCAUCUAUGCCAUUAUCGGCCUGGAGCUCUUCAUGGGCAAAAUGCACAAGACCUGCGUCCACGAGCAAACAGGCACCUUUGCAGAGGAAAAGCCAGCACCUUGUGCACCCGAUGGAGCUUAUGGUCGACAUUGUGCACACAAUGGAACAGAGUGCAAAAUGGGGUGGGAGGGCCCAAACGACGGCAUCACCAACUUUGACAACUUUGCCUUUGCGAUGUUAACGGUGUUCCAGUGCAUAACAAUGGAGGGCUGGACGGACGUGCUAUACUGGAUGCAGGAUGCUAUGGGCUAUGAGCUGCCAUGGGUCUAUUUUGUGUCUCUCGUCAUCUUCGGCUCCUUUUUUGUUCUCAAUCUCGUUCUGGGGGUGUUGAGCGGAGAGUUUUCCAAGGAGAGGGAGAAGGCCAAGGCACGCGGUGACUUCCAGAAGCUCAGAGAAAAACAGCAACUGGAGGAAGACCUCAAGGGCUAUUUAGACUGGAUCACUCAGGCUGAAGACAUUGACCCAGAGAAUGAGGAGGAGGGCUUGGAUGAUGACAAACCCAGAAACCUGAGCAUGCCAGCAAGUGAGAACGAAUCCGUCAACACAGACAAUGCCCCCGGGGGAGAUGUGGAGGGUGAGACCUGCUGUACUCGGCUCGCAAAUAGGAUCUCCAAAUCCAAGUUCAGUCGCUAUUCUCGAAGGUGGAACAGGCUAUGCAGAAGAAAGUGCCGUGCGGGAGUCAAAUCGCAAGUUUUCUAUUGGCUGGUCAUAUUCCUGGUGUUCCUCAACACUCUCACCAUUGCCUCUGAAUGUCGCCAGCAGCCUCAGUGGUUAACUGAUGUACAAGACAUUGCAAAUAAGGUGUUGUUAGCUCUCUUCACUGGUGAGAUGCUGCUAAAGAUGUACAGUCUCGGCCUACAGGCCUACUUUGUUUCGCUCUUUAACCGCUUUGACAGCUUCGUAGUAUGUGGAGGAAUCCUUGAGACCAUUCUGGUGGAGACGAAGAUCAUGUCUCCUCUCGGCAUCUCAGUGUUGCGUUGUGUGCGCUUGCUAAGGAUCUUCAAAAUAACCAGAUACUGGAACUCACUGUCCAACCUGGUGGCCUCCCUGCUAAACUCUGUCCGCUCCAUCGCUUCCCUGUUGCUCCUGCUGUUCCUCUUCAUCAUCAUCUUCUCUCUCCUGGGCAUGCAGCUCUUUGGGGGGAAAUUCAAUUUUGACGAGACCAGACGCAGCACCUUUGACAACUUUCCUCAGUCUCUGCUCACAGUGUUCCAGAUCCUAACAGGAGAGGACUGGAACUCUGUCAUGUAUGAUGGCAUCAUGGCAUAUGGUGGGCCGUCCUUCCCCGGCAUGCUGGUCUGCAUCUACUUCAUCAUCCUCUUCAUCUGUGGAAACUAUAUCCUUCUGAAUGUCUUCUUGGCCAUUGCUGUGGACAAUCUGGCAGACGCUGAGAGCCUGACAUCUGCCCAGAAAGAAGAGGAAGAGGAGAAGGAGAGGAAAAAACUGGCCAGACUCGCGAGUCCAGAGAAGCGUCAGAACAACGAGAAGCCGCCUCUGGAGGAGCAGAAAAAAGAGAAGAAAGAGAAAAUAGAGCUGAAGUCCAUCACUUCGGACGGAGAGACCAACACCGCUACUAAAAUCAACAUGGAUGACUACUGUGGAGAUGAGAGUGAGGAGAAGAAUCCAUAUCCUGCAAAUGAUUACAUAGGAGAUGAUGAUGAGGAAGAGCCAGAGAUGCCGGUGGGCCCGAGACCGCGGCCACUCUCUGAUAUUCAACUUAAGGAGAAAGCUGUUCCCAUGCCAGAGGCCCGUGCUUUCUUCGUCUUCAGCCACACCAACAAAUUCCGGGUUCUGUGCCAUAAAAUCGUCAACCACAACAUCUUCACCAACCUCAUCCUCUUAUUCAUCCUGCUCAGCAGCAUCAGUCUGGCAGCAGAGGACCCUGUCCAGAAUGACUCUUCUAGAAACCAGAUCUUGGGCUAUGCAGAUCACGUCUUCACUGGACUCUUCACUAUAGAGAUCAUUCUUAAGAUGACAGCCUAUGGAGCCUUCCUCCACAAAGGUUCAUUCUGUAGAAACUAUUUCAACAUUCUGGACCUGGUGGUGGUCAGCGUGUCCCUCAUCUCCUCUGUAAUACAGUUGAGUGCCAUUAACGUGGUGAAGAUCCUGAGAGUUCUGCGAGUGCUCAGACCUCUACGGGCCAUCAACAGAGCCAAGGGACUAAAGCAUGUAGUGCAGUGUGUGUUUGUGGCUAUUAGAACUAUCGGCAACAUCGUCAUCGUCACCACGUUGCUCCAGUUCAUGUUUGCUUGUAUUGGAGUACAACUCUUUAAGGGCAAGUUCUUCACUUGCACCGACAGCUCUAAACAGACAGAGGCAGAGUGCAAGGGCUCCUACAUCAUGUAUAAGGACGGAGACGUGGGGAAGCCUGAAAGAGCCUCGAGAAUCUGGGAAAACAGUGACUUCAACUUUGAUGACGUCCUGCAAGGCAUGAUGGCUCUGUUUGCCGUGUCUACUUUUGAAGGCUGGCCAGGGUUACUGUACCGGGCCAUAGAUUCUCACGCUGAGGAUGUUGGGCCCAUCUACAACUACCGUGUGGUUAUCUCCAUCUUCUUCAUCAUCUACAUUAUCAUCAUUGCCUUCUUCAUGAUGAACAUCUUCGUUGGUUUCGUCAUCGUCACGUUCCAGGAGCAAGGAGAGCAAGAAUAUAAGAACUGCGAGCUGGACAAGAACCAGCGUCAGUGUGUGGAAUACGCCCUGAAGGCUCGUCCAUUGCGCCGCUACAUCCCAAAGAACCCCUACCAGUACAAGGUGUGGUAUGUGGUCAACUCCACCUACUUUGAGUACCUGAUGUUCACACUCAUCCUCCUAAACACCAUCUGUCUGGCCAUGCAGCAUCAUGGGCAGACCAAAAAUUUCAAUGAUGCCAUGAACAUCCUCAACAUGCUCUUCACUGGACUCUUCACUGUGGAGAUGAUCCUGAAACUGAUUGCCUUCAAGCCGAGGGGAUACUUUAGUGAUCCCUGGAAUGUGUUUGAUUUCCUCAUCGUAAUUGGCAGCAUAAUAGACGUCAUUCUCAGUGAGAUUAACCAUUAUUUUGUUGAUGCAUGGAACACAUUUGAUGCCUUGAUAGUUGUGGGUAGCAUUGUUGACAUAGCGAUCACUGAGGUUAACCCAGCUGACUCCUCCUCGUCCUCCUCCUCCUCUUCGUCCUCCUCCUCCUCUUCCUCUUCUCACCCCCCUGUGGUAAGGCCAAUGGGACUGCAGAACUCUGAAGAGAACGCCAGGAUCUCCAUCACCUUCUUCCGGCUGUUCCGCGUGAUGAGGCUGGUGAAGCUGCUGUCUCGCGGGGAAGGGAUUCGGACCCUGCUGUGGACCUUCAUCAAAUCCUUCCAAGCUCUGCCAUACGUAGCUCUUCUUAUAGUGAUGCUAUUCUUCAUAUACGCUGUCAUCGGAAUGCAGAUGUUUGGUAAGCUAGCACUGCGGGACCACACUCAGAUCAACAGGAACAACAAUUUCCAGACGUUCCCUCAGGCAGUGUUGCUGCUCUUCAGAUGUGCAACAGGUGAAGCGUGGCAGGAGAUCAUGCUGGCGUGCUCAACCCAUCGGCCAUGUGAGAAGGGAUCGACGAAUGAGAACAGCACAACCAACGACGACUGUAGCAGCCAGUUUGCAAUCAUUUACUUUGUCAGCUUCUACAUGCUCUGUGCCUUUCUGAUCAUCAACCUGUUUGUGGCCGUCAUCAUGGACAACUUUGACUACCUGACGCGUGACUGGUCGAUUCUGGGGCCACAUCAUCUGGACGAAUUCAAAAGAAUCUGGGCUGAGUACGACCCAGAAGCUAAGGGGAGGAUAAAGCACCUUGAUGUGGUGACUCUGCUGCGGAGAAUCCAGCCUCCCCUUGGCUUUGGAAAGCUUUGUCCGCACAGGGUGGCCUGCAAGCGUCUGGUGUCAAUGAACAUGCCUCUGAACAGCGAUGGAACAGUAAUGUUCAACGCCACACUGUUUGCCCUGGUCAGAACCGCACUCAGGAUUAAGACAGAAGGCAACCUAGAGCAAGCCAAUGAGGAACUGAGGGCAAUCGUGAAGAAGAUAUGGAAGAGAACCAGCAUGAAACUCUUGGAUCAAGUAGUGCCCCCUGCUGGUGACGAUGAGGUCACGGUCGGGAAGUUCUACGCUACCUUCCUCAUACAAGAAUAUUUCCGCAAGUUUAAGAAGAGGAAAGAACAAGGGCUGGUGGCCAAGGUGCCUCCCAAAACUGCCCUCUCUCUGCAGGCGGGCCUGCGGACAUUGCAUGAUAUUGGUCCAGAGAUUCGGAGGGCCAUCUCUGGAGACCUGACUGUGGAGGAGGAGAUGGAUAAAGGUCUGAAGGAGCCCAUGUCGGCCGCUUCUGAGGACGAUAUCUUCAGGCGGACGGGUGGGUUAUUUGGCAACCACGUCAACUACUACAACCAGAGCGAUGGCCGCGGAUCUUUCCCGCAGUCCUUCACUACCCAGCGUCCUUUGCAUAUCAGCCAGAAGGGCUCACCUUGCGAAGGUGAAAGCCCGUCCCAUGAGAAGCUUAUGGACUCGACCACCUUCACCCCUUCCUCUUACUCCUCAUCAGGCUCAAAUGCCAACAUUAACAAUGCCAACAACACUGGCAUGGUCGGGGUUACAACCCAGGGCAUCAGUCGAUUCCCAAGUCCGUCUAUAAGCACUGUGGACGGGCACACAGGACAGCCACUCACCCCCAUCCUGCUGCCAAGAUCUGCAUGGUGCUUUCCUCCAAAGAGGACGUGUUUUUAUGACAACCUCAUGCGCUCGGACUCGAGUGACAGCCAUCUGCCAAUCAUAAGAAGAGGGGAGGAGUCAAUGGAGGAGACGUACGAUGAGAGCUACGUCGACGACAGGGAGUACCACGAGGAUGACCACUCGCUCUCCUCUGACAUGCUAGUGUAUCAAGAUGAAACAUGUAAGCAGUUGACUCCCAUGGAGGAAGGAGAGGAGGUAGAGGACCGAAGAGGAGGAGGAGGAGGAGGAGGGUGGCAGUCUCCCAGUGUCUUCCUCUGCCCCACUUCUCUGGUGCGGAGAUCAUCCUUCAACCUGGAGUGUCUCAGGAGACAGUCGAGGCCAGACGUCUCCCAGAAGACGGCUGUACCCUUGCACCUUGUACAUCAUCAGGCACUAGCAGUGGCAGGGUUGAGUCCUCUGCUAAGGAGGAGUCACUCACCGACUCUCUUCAGUCGGCUGUGCUCUACGCCUCCGGCCAGUCCCACAGCCCUUAGCAGUGAUGCCUCUUACCAGCGAGUGCCCUCUCUGAGGCUAGAGGGUUCUAACUCCCUUGAAAAGCUCAAUACCAGCUUGCCCUCCGUCAACUGUGGGCCCUGGUACAGCGACAGUAACGGGAACAGCCGAGGGCCUAGUCCAAGUCCUAGUCCCACCCCCGGCGGCUCAGUGUCCAAUCAAAGACCACCUCGGCCGGUGUCGCUAACAGUGCCCUCGCUACUGAGGAAAGACUCCAGCUCACUGUCUCAUGGGAGUGCGGGCAGUCUGGUGGAGGCGGUGCUAAUAUCAGAGGGUUUGGGUCAUUUCGCUCAGGACCCGUCAUUCAUCGAGGCAACCAAGGCCGAGUUGGCUGAUGCCUGUGACAUGACCAUCGAGGAAAUGGAGCAAGCCGCGAACAACCUUCUCAAUGGCAGCACCCCCACAAACACCACGUCCAGCACCUCCUCUCACUCACAGAACAGCCCCAAUGGCAGCGUCCUUCUCCACACAGCAGCAACAGCAACAGCAACAGUGCACAGGGACCGAGCAGUCAGCUUGAGUCCCAGCGAGGGCGGGGGAGAGGCGGGAGGAAGCAGAAGCUCCGUCCAUGGGCCAUCCUCAAUGGAGGAACGGCAGGAGCUGCUAGCAGAGGAGAGAGGACAAGAAGAGGAGGAGGAGGAGGAGGAGGAGGAGAGGAGGAGGGAGGAGGAGGAGGAAGUGGUGGUAGAGAGGGAGGAGGAGGAGCAACAUAGAAGCUCAGUUGUAAUUGGAGGUACGCGGCAGAGGAACAGCGGACUGUUGGAGGACGAAGACAUGGAGUGUGUGACUAGUUUGUAGGUAUCAGGUCGAUGGGUUCAAUCGGCUGACUGGCCCUUCUGACAUCAUCAGAGACUGACGCUUGUCAGCGCUGGGUAACAGCGCCGCAGCUGGCUCUGUCUGUCCCCACCUCUCACACACACACACACACACACACACACACACACGCACUGUCUGCCUCUCUGCCAGACGUGACUGCUCUGGACAAUGGCCGCCAGUGACGCAAUCCUAAACACCUGGUUACGACUUUGUUGGUUUAUAUGAGUUUGUAUGUGUGUGAGUGUUUACAGUAAAGUGAACCACACUAUACUCUAUACUCUCUGACCGUAUGCUUGUGUGUGUGUGCGUGUUUGGUCUAUGAUUUUCUCUAUUUGUACGUGUGUGCGUGUGCAUUCACCACACAUGUUUGAGUGUGUCUCUAAAGUGCCUCACAGUUUUAUCAUGUCCUCAAAAAUUAUGAGCAGAAGAGUAGAGACAAGCAAAAAAGACCAAGGAAAGUAGAGUGAAGCAAGAGUAGGAAGGAGCCAACAGAGGCGGGAAGUCCUUUUAUCGAUUUCCUGCCGUCUAUAAAGUGUGUUUAUGGAUUUCAUUUCCUAUGCCUACUUUGGUGUUGUGUUAUUGAUGUUUGUCUGGCCGCCAUUAAGCCUGGUAGGGGACAGCAGACCAGUUUGUGGACGGGGGUCAGUUGAGGAUUAAAAUCGAACCACAUCCACCUGUGGUCAAAGUUCCAACUCCUCAUUUCACUGAUGAUGAAGCGCUGUAUUGAGUAAAACAGAGGCGUGGAAAGCCCCCGUUUGAAAUGUAAUUUCUCCUCCUCUUCCAAAGCUAAGCUAAGAACCCAGGAGCACAGCCUUGCCAGCCUGGGAAUGGGAUUAAAGUGACACACCACCCUAAACCAAGGGAGGGAAGGAUUUGAGGGAUGAACCAACAGCCACAACUGGGCCGUGAAAUGGGGGCCACGGGCAGCGGGAGACACUCUCUGGUCAGCAGGAAUCCACCCAGCUCUUCUUUUGUUUGUUUGUUCACUGGUCAAUAAUUGAGAGACAAACUCACCUCAUUAGUCACUAAGAUCUGGCUCCACCUCCUCUGCUGCUUUUUCUUGUUUGGCCACGCCUGCUUCCUGCUGAAAACAGGAAAUGGGAGGAGCAUUUUGUGGCUAAGCAGAGACAGCGAGCCUUUUUUUUUUUUUCUUUCUGCCUCAUACCUCACUGUUCCUCACUUGUCCUCCCCUUCUCUUUGGUUACUCAAACAUCCCUCCCCCUCCAUCGCUGGGGUUUUGCGUUUUUUUAGCCCUCAGGGAGGCGUGUGUGCAUCCAGCGGGGCAACAAAGAUGGCAGGAUGGAGGAGAACAGAGGGAGUGACCAGUUGAAAACACAGCAGACCCGUGGCAUCGAUCUGCACAGGAUCUGCACGUCAAUCAAAUCCACUUCCUUGUCUAAGACCCUCCUCUUCCUCUCGGCGUGGAAUCCAACUGGAUUUGCCGCCACACACUCCCUCUCCACAGACCACGCCCACUAUGUAUUUAACAGUUCAAUAUUGUGCAAAACUGGCUAGCCAUGACUAUUUUUGUUUUAUAUUCAUGAUGUUAUUGGUUUAAUUUAUCCUUGAUUUGUUUGCACAAUCGGGGUGCUGGUCUUAUAAAUGUAUUUUUGCCUGGUUUAUUUUUUAGGAGAAUUUUAAGAGGUUUUAAGUAUCGAAGCAGGGCGUAGAGUUUGCGUGCAAGUGCAUAACUAUAUUUGUGUGGGUGUGUCUGCAUUUUAGUACAGGAUGUAUGUGUGUAUGAGUGUGUGAGAUCGGGGGGUGGGGUCUUUCUCUCUAUCAGUAUGCACCUUUUACAGAUUGUAUCUAUUUAUUUAUUUAUUUUUCUCAGAGGAGAAAAAAAAAAUGUGUGUGAGGAUAUGCGUUUGUUUGUGUGUGUUUGUCUGUGAAUGGCUGAAUGGUUACUUAAGUAUUUUAAAAAGCUGAUUUUAAGCCUAGACACUAAAGUAAGGUAGCAUUACAAGUAUGGUGUUUUGUGUGUGUGCGUGCGUGUGUGCGUGUGAUAAUGGGCCUCCUUAACACAGGGUUACCAUGGACAGGCAUGCUUCCAAAGCUAUGUUAUUUCUUUGACACAAUUAUUUACUUUUUAGCCAAGCUGCAGAGUCAGAGGCCACUUUAUGUAUUUUUAUUUUUAUUAUAUUAUUAUCAUUAUUAUUAUUAUUAUUUUUUAAAUGUAAUUACUCAUUACUUGUAACUUUCCUUUAUAUUUUAUGUUCAAGUGGAAGGUUUCCAGUAAGGAGAGAGUGACAGUUAGUUUACCGAGUUGAUCGACGCUGCAGCUUGGCCAAAAGGUAAUAAGCCUUUGGGCAGUUGCUGCUUUUCAUCCUCACGAAAUUGUUGCUCUGAAUGGUGGACGCGCCAAAUUCCUACUGCCACAGCGAUGCCUCGUGAAUGAACUGUUCAGCUUCAACUCACUGUAAUCACGUUUUCCCUCAUGUGACGGUGGUUCAAACCUUCAAAUGAAUAAUUAUUAGGGCUGGUGUACAGAUGCUGCAGGACCUUUUAAAUCACACCUCUCUGUUGGAGGUGUGUGCUGAUAACACAAAAACAUUCUGAUACGUUUUCUGUUUGCAGAUGUAAUUUACCUGGUGAAGCUGAUUACUGCAAAAUUUGUAAUACAAACGGGGAUAUUUACUGAUCAUUGAUAGUCCGUGUGGUUUAACUGGUGGAUGAAUUAGAGAGCUUUCAGUGGAAGGUUGUGUCAUGAAAGAUCUGGUGCGUUUUGUUUUCUGAUGCCUUCGAGGUCACAUGCUGAAGUCUUUUGACCAAACUUUCUCUUUUAAGAGCGUGUCCCUCGAGUGAUGACGUCUUCAGCCACAAUAUGGCUUUCAGUCCUCGGUGCGUUUCACAGGGAACAGGUCUGAAAAACAAGAAGAAAAAACAUUCCUUAUGUCGGCAUCGUUUCCAGCUGUCAACAGAUAUAAUUCAAUUCAAUUUGAAAAAGUCCGGCCAUAUGCUGGAAAACGUGGAAAAGCAGCUGUGUGGUUUUUUUUUUUAUCACCACAAUCCGGAAUCCAGAAAAUAAAAUAAAGGCACCUUUUAAAAACAUGUUUAAAAGACAAAUUUCAAAUGUCAAAAUAUUGGUAUUAUUAUCACAAUCUGAUUCAAGAGUGACUGCCAAACUUAAUUUUCCGGGUUUGUGGCAGGGAAGGGUAUGUAUGUAUGAACACACACUGCCAUACACUGCAUCCUGUGCCAGUAACAAACGUGUGACAUUAUUAUGCAAAUUAAAUGUGAAUUUUGAAUUUUAUUUUUUAUUUAGUGGCAGUGCUGCUGUGGUUGUGAUCAUUCUGCAAACCCUGAAAACAUCCGAGCUGUCAAAGGAGUCCCUUCCCUGAUGUUAAGUCUCUUCUUUUUUUCCUCCACACGAUCAUUCGCCUUCAGAAGAAUAAAUCUUUCUUAUUUGU